AUGAUUGUUAGGGCGAAGUCCCUUUGGCUUCUGGCCUUCUUUGCACUCAACACCGCGCUUUUAGCGGAUGCUGAGAAUGUCACGUUAAAGAUUGUCCGAGAGUUAGUUCUACGUGAUGUUGGAGAUGUGGUAUUAACUCCCCGUUUUCGGGAGAAUGUUGACAAGUACCUCCGCCGUCAUACGGAUCGAAAUGUGAAGGCAAACGCUUACAAGUCGCAACCCGAUGUCAUUGUUGUGGCGCGUGCGUGGUUCACGGGAGACUCCAAAGAGGCCACUGCCUCAUACAACAGGGUGAAGGACAUUUUCGACAGCUGGGAGGCGCAACCAAAUGACACGCUUAUUAGUGACUUGAACAACGUCUCUCUCAGGGAGCUUGGAGUACAACCGCGCUUGAUUGAGCUGUCAGAUCAAUGUAAAUACGGGGAAAGUUACAUAGAUCAAUCUGCCGAAAAUUUUGGGUUCAACAAUCUCACACUUGAGAUACGCAUGUCUACAAACCCUCAAAGCGAUUUGCGCUCUCGGCUCUGCCGUAUGCUUCCAUUUGUUGACUGCUCCCUCAUCGUGCUUGAUGUAGUCAAACGGGUUAAUAAUCUGUACACCACGAAGGUGACGAUCACUUCUCCUAAUAGGAACUACUGCCUUGUGGUGCUGAUGAACAAUUUCCACUAUGCCGCGGCUCUCUUACCCGAUAUAAUAGAGAGUGUUGUGAUUGCAGACAAGGAGGUAUUUAGACGUCCCUCCGUCAACAUGGUUGAAGAUGGAAGACUUCAGUCCCCAUGCGCUCGCCGUUUUUGGUACCUUAUCUUUCUCCUCCUGCUGAUUCCCUUGAGUUUAUUUGUGGGACACAAGAUGUAUUACAGUGGGCUUGAGUCCGGGAGAAAGGCAGCGCGUGCGUUGGAGCGGGACAUCCGUGGUGGUGUCCGUUAUCAAGGACAAGCCUCUUCACAACCACUUGAAGGAUGGCAGUAUAUGGAGUCCAAUUACGCUGGAUCCUCGUCGAAUGGCAGUCCACGCAUCGGUAGUAGCAGCCGGCAAACCAAUCAGUCACAACGAAAAGUACAUCACAUGUACUACGACCCGAAUGAAAACUGGCAGAACAACGAGGUCCAGAUGAUGCGAUCUUCUUCUACAAUACCCUCUGCUUCCAGCCGCCAGCAGUAG